GUGCUUUUUUGCAUCUAAAUAUCUCAUCUGCUUAGACGCAAUAUCUGAUAGAGAAAUUGCCACGACAGUUUGGGGGCUCGUCCGGGAUAUCUAACCUGAAGAUCGCGUGAAAAAUCCCUAGGUGUCUGCCAAGUCAGGUCUGAGGAUUCGGUCUCAGUCCCAAAGCCCUACCUCGCCUCCAGGUGACUGUAACCAGACUAAUGGGGUCGAGCAAAGGGUGUCUGUGGGGGAUGAAGUAGAGGUUCUUCAGUACGAUAUCCAAAGGAAAAAAGAAUUCGAGCAGGUGAGAUCACAAUACUGUUAAAGCUUCCAAAUAAAAUCCGUUACAGGAACGGUAUAUAAAUGUUUCGGUAAACGUAAACUUAUAUCUGAACUUAGGCCUCGUUCAAAGAAACUCUGUUAUAGGAACAUACGGUAGCUCCGUUUCGCUUCCGUCAAUAUAUAAAUGGCUAUAUAGGUAACAGAAAGGGCAGCUAGAGUCUGUCGAGGGAACGGGAAAAAGGGAAACCCGUUGAAGCGCGGUUGUGGUUAUAUAUAUAUAUAGAUAAUAAUAACGGGCAUUCAUUAAUAAAAUAUAUGUGUAGUAACAAGGAGGUUACGGUGAUUAGAUAAUAGUUAAUAGUGUGUACGGAUCAAAGAAACAUGGGGAACACAUCGGGAAAAACUGAGAUAACAGGGCCUGCAAAGGUGAUGUUGGAGAAGCAUGGUGAAGCGGCUCUGGAGGGUUUAAAAUAUUGGUGCAAACUGGGUUUUCCUGCAAUGGGGAGUUUUAGCUUAAAACGAUUACAGGAGUUAAAGGGACGAUUGUUGGAGUCAGAAAUGAAAAAGAAAGGUUCCAAACUAUGUUGGUGUGCAUUUUAUUUGUGGGAAAGAGAGGGCCAGGAUAGAAAAAAAAAUAAGCCAGGAACAGAGAGCGUAGAGAGUGUAGGGAUUUUUAAUCUCAAUGUCACCCGAGAUAUAGACCCGGACCUGGACUGCACCGGUGGACCGCGUGCGAAUCCCCCUUCUCCUCCCCCGUAUGACAACGCCCACAAAGCCGCUUCAUCGGACAAUCUCUACCCUGGCCUCGAAGAAGAGGUGUAUCCCCCAAAAGAAGAGGAGAAAGCCCCCGCUUGCAGCCCAAGGCCUGCAACUCGUAGCCAGGGGAAAGCUCUACAAUCAUCCCAGCAGACGACGGCCACACCAACCAAGCGGGAACCCACCACCAGCCGUUCGAGAAACCGGGGAAUGGCGUUCUCCCCAACUACUCAACACGGUGACGUGAUGAAUGGACAAUUCCCCAUGAUCGAAGUACUGAACCCCCAGGAUGGCAGUCCAGCGUACGUUUUCCGUGCAUGGAGACCCAGUGACAUUAAGGACAUAGCGGAAUGGCUCCCAGACCCAUCUGUAGUGGGGGGGGCUGCCUUCGCCACAGCCCUUCAAGAGUUGGUCCAACAACACAAGGCCUCCAUCAGCGAAGUUCGCCAACUCUGUGCGUACAGACUGACCCUAAGGUGGGGUCGUAUCCAAGGCGACAUGCCCGGGAGGGACGAAGCGGAUUUAAUGUUCAAUUGGGAUCAAGGGUCCGCGUACCGCCGGCUGGUAGAGGGACUGUGUGAACGGGCCAGGGGGGCGUUCCCCAUGGUUAGAGAUUGGACCGCUAUUCGAAAGAUCAAACAAAUAGAAGGCGAGACGGUGGCUGACUUGAUGGACCGCGUUGAAAAGGUGUUCAAGAUCCAUGGGGGAGUGCCUGUCCCAACCGACCGAACGGUUCAGACUCCGUACGAAGAAAACCUCACCGCGGCCUUCCUGGAUGCGUUGGCCGACAAAAUAUCGGAAUUCAUAGAGACACACUGCAUUGGGUGGCGUACCGCCAGACUUGAUUUGAUUAUAAGUCACGCGACCCAUGCAGAAAACCUCUUCAUGCAGAAAGAAAAGUUCAAGAAGAAUAGAAAAGAAGAGGUAACCAAGAAGCUCCAGCUCGCCCAACUGGAGGCCCUGGAGAAUCCUAAGCCAACCCUUCGCAACAAAGACCGAAGAGGCGACCGGCCGAAAGAAAAGAGAAAGGAUAACAACGGACGAUGGAACUGUCAUUUUUGUGGAGCCAAGGAUCAUUGGAUCAAAGACUGUCCCAAGAGAAGGGAGGAAGAAGAUGGGGCGGACGACUGGGAGUCCGCACCUUCCCGCGAAGUGACUGUAAAUCAUCCGAAGGGCAAAGGAGAAAAAGGAGGCAAAAAUGGAAGGGGGAAUUCGUAUUGACGGGACGCCGGAGCAGGACAGGUCCAAGGAGCAGGUGAAGGAGGCAUUACCGCUGUCCAAGGAAGGGCAACUCCACGAUCUACAACCAGGCGAUUGGAUUGUGGUGAA